CGCCGCAGAUAUCUAGGCAUAUUUGGUGAAUCGGCAUGUUUUGAGGGGGGAUUUUCGAAUUCAUUUGAUGACGAACUUCCUCACAAGCCAGUAAAGAGCGGAGCGGGAGAACUCCGUGCCUGAGCACGAGCCAGACGACACGCGCGUGCCUGCGGCGAAUCCUGACCUGCAACUUCUAAGUUGGUCUGAGUUUUCAAGGUUCUUCUACGGAAAGAGGCUGGAUCGGAUGUACAGAUCGGAACAAAACGAUUUCCUUCUUUUUUGUUUUCUGCCUGACGUCCUGAAUGAAGAAGGGCAGUUUUCUGCCUUCUCAUUCCCGUCUCUCCUGCGCGCGGAACGAAGUGACAGCCGCUCCGUGCAGCGAACACGCGAAAAACAGCCGUGGGUGCCCCUUAAAUUCCGUGCAUCUACAUGCUCAGGAUUUGUUCCGGUGACUCUUUUGGUUCCGCAGUUGUCUCUCCUGUUUGCGGGUGCGUCCAAGAGAGGUUUCCUGUCGUUGUUCUCUCGGAAUUAGAUGCCGCUGCAGUGUCGAAUAUACACCAGGAGACGCUGCGGAGUUUCACUGCGUCAUCGUCAGCCCAUCCCUCUCUACGAUCUUCUUUUUUCAAACCACAUAGCAACGCAUCGGGGAAGGGUAUACACAAAGCUUUCUUCCUCAGUGCCCGUUGAGACGGGCGUUGUUCAGUCGACAUCGGAAAGGCUGCCGUCGAUUGCAGGUCCCCGAAAGUCUCUCGCCUCCCAUCAGCCGUUCCUUGAGGACAAGAAAGUUGACCUUCAGGUUUCAAACAGAAAAAUUCAUCAAACAUGGACUGCUGCGGACUGUGUGCCGAUGAUGAUCGGGACGUGUGGAUGACCGACCGCAUUUCACCCAAGAUUGGCCUCUCCGACAGCGACCUUCUCGAUUUCCAUAGCGAUGAUGAAAUGCCCGUUGCGCCAGCGGCUCAGUGUCACCGGUCACAGCCCAGCCGCCAGACCUCACGGGUGGCUGCGUCGUUGCCCCAGAAAUCGGAACGGUCUCCGGAGACACGCUCCCAGACUUCGCUUAACAGGUUGCGUUCCGGAGGUCAGUUUCCACCCACACGCACAUCUUUUGACGAACGUCAGGGCACCACUCCACUUGAACUACAGUCGACCUCGGCAAAGCCGCCAUACAGGGCCCCGUCACUUGCCCGAGCAGCCUCCAAAAGGCGAGAGCCCUCUCCCCCAGCCAGAGUUGCUACCCGGUCAAAGGCGUUUGACGGGGAUGGCAGCGUUCCACCGCCAAUGUCUCCAGCUAAGAGUCUUUCCGCAAAUGACAGAGUGCCCACGAAACUGUCUGAAUUGACACCAGAAGAAAAGGAGGAAGAGAAGAAGAGAUUGCAAGCACUCGUUAAAGAAUUUGCGAAGGAAGCAGUAGCUGGUUUCUCCAUUGAGCGCAUUGACAACGACACAGGGGUUCGAGCGAAGACGACCUUCUCCAUGGACCGAUUCCUCACGACGAUUGACUUGCGUAACGACGACGACGACAGCCCGUUGCCCCACAUGUCACUUCCCAUGGAGGAUCUGACUGGUAUUUUUAAGGGUGACGACGCGGUCUCACAUUCAUCUAUCACCGGUGACUGCGACCUCAACCGUGUUCUUGUCUUAACAUCGUCAGACAAUCCUGAUGUUGUUCUUGAAGCAGCGUCACGCCAACAUCGGGACAAGGUGUACACUUGCUUGAAGAUCCUCAGGUUGUCAUUUGAUAUUGCCAGAAAAGAUAAGCGGCAGUGAAACAAGCGAAAACGUGCCCCGUAACACUACUGUGGCGACUGUCAAAUUCCAAUACGUGCUCACCGCGUUCUUGGUUUGAGCCGCUCAGUGUUCUUGAGUAUGCGGCGCCGUCAAGCAGUAACAAGGACUGUUCCUUGUCAUGCGAGUUGGCACACAGGAUCCCAGUUUCAGUGUCAAAAUGAAAUUAGCAGUGGUAUGCCUUCGGAAGUCCUCCGUCUGCCGGUAACAGAGCCAGUAUGCGCGCCGUCUGUUUUCUGGUUCUCUAUGAAGGAAGGUGUUUUGGGGUUUGUCAGCGUCUUCAGGAGGGGUUGGGGCUGUACUUCGGAAGCGGCGUGAAGUAUUGACAACGCUUAGACACAGCGACGUUUCACCAACGCGUUUCCACAAACACGAAUGUAUUUGAGCAGUCAAAUUGGAAAGCGUCAAUCAGGGAACGGGUGUCUUCAGUUUUCUUCGGUCGAUUAGAAAACAGUCGGUUUCGAGAAGAAUCACCGUAUCUGAACCGUUUUACGGUGUUCACUAUGGGGCGAUCCUGUUUCGUAGUCCUCGUAGAGGGAGUUUCUUGGAAGGCGGCGUUGCGGCAUGGCUCAUUCUCAACGGAACGUUCACUUUUUUCUUAUCCGUAUUCCUGUCAUGGAGUGUCGUUUCGAUCCGCUAAGGGGUAUAUGUGGAAUCCCGGCGGAUCUGGAACAGCCGUUCGAGGAUCAUUCAGGUACUACACGAACUACACAAGGAACCUGUUUGCAUGCAAUUUCCUUGGUUGUAGAGGAGGCAAGUGCCCACGUUGCCACAUGUGUUUGCUGUUUCAGGGUCUGGAUUUCUUGCACGAAACGACAAAUAACACUUGCUUUUGGG